GCGGGGCUCGGCUCCCCGGCCCAGCCUAGACUCUGCCGCCGGCGCUCUCCCGGCGCCCGGUUCUCGGCCCAGGCCGCUCUCCGCACGCCGGUGGGCGUCGGUCGGCUCCCGAGCCGGGCCCGGGACCACCCACCGCCGGGCCGGGUGCACGGCGCGGGAUGUCGGCGAGCCUUCGCUUCCGGGAGCAGGCGGUUCAGCCGGCCAGGGGCAUGCCCUCCUGGAGCUGUCGCGGGUGUGCAGCUAACGCAGGCCGAACGCCGAGCGCGGCCGGCACCGGUCGGCGGGCCCUGGGUUCCUGCCUCUCCUCGCGCCCGGGCUCCCCCAGCGCCAGGGCCUUGCGGCCGCGCCGGUCUGUAGCCGCGCUGCUCUUCGCCUCCGCGCCUCCGGGAGCGGCCACUGCUGUCGCCAGUAGUGCCGUUAGGAGGGUCUUGGGAGUCCCUACUGUGUGUCCGGCGCGACUGGACGGGGAGUAAGUGAAAGCCCGAGGACUGGGACGGGACGGGGAGGAGGCUUCCAGGAAUUACCUGCUUUCGGUUGCGCGGAGCUGUCGGUGGACUGCACGUCGCACCGCGGUGAUUGUCCUUGUCGUGGCAGGGCUCGGUGAAAGCGGGGAGGACUCAGGCAGGCUUCUUGUAGGGCGGGUGGGGUUUGAGCUGAGACUGUAGGAACGGGGCGUCGCAGGGAAAGGCUCGGAGAAAGGAUGAAGUGCUGUCGUUGUUUCUGAGGGAAAUCCAGGCUCCCACCGGUGACCUCUGUCCUUCAGGACUGGCUCCCCCUUUCCGUCAGACCCCGACCUCCUCCUACCAUCCGUGUCAAGUUUCAUCUGUGUUUUUCACUGUGAGAAACGAUUGCUGUGGCACCUUCUUCGAACGAGGGGCGCACUGGCUGCAGUCAGAUUACAGGCCUAGUUUUCCACUUUGUCAGGAAAGGAAAAGUAGGAUUUUCUAAUUUGUCACGUAAGUUUGCUCCGCCCCCUGGCAGCUGCAGUGCUGCCGGCAGCCAGAUGCAAGCGCUCCUUGGUCCCUCACCUGUGCCGGGCACGGGGCGUGCAGAGCGGCGUGACCUUCGAGUGUGGCCGCCAGGAGCCUGCUGUUGAGGAGAAAACACACCCGUGCCCACUGGUACCGGGGAAUCCACUCCUGCUACUCCCGGCUCCAGCGGGGCCGGCGCACGGUGGGGGGAGCACGAAGGAGUUGGCGCCCAGCUCGGCCGGUGAGGGUCUUCGGUCCGUGUACUUACCUGUUGGCAUUGUGCGUAGCGCUUUGCAAAGAGUCCCCUGAUUUCUGGGUUCCUCACGGUUUACUAAGCGUUGGGAGAGGGCAGGACCACACCGCCAUGCCGCUGACUUUCGACCUGGCCCCAGGUCCUCGAGUUGCCUUCCAGCCGCCUGAACUCUGGGGUGUGAUUUCUCGCCUCAUGUGUUCUUCCCAUGAUGAGGAAACUGAGGCCCAGAGAUGGGGAGCCACUCUCCCGGUGAGCAUGGCUGGGCUCGGUUAUGAUCCGUACAACCCCGAGCUGCCCAAGCCCCCCGUGCAGAGGGAGAAUGGAGCACUGGGCCGGGGGGACGAGCCCCGCUCGGACAUCCUGGAACUGGAGCUGGUCAACCAGGCCAUCGAGGCUGUGCGCUCGGAGGUAGAGCUCGAGCAGCGGAGGUACCAAGAGCUCCUGGAGACGGCCCGCGAGCACAGCUCCGCCGAGGCCCCCGCCGUGGUGCCCCGUGGCCCUGCCACUUGCCCCACCGCCGGCCUGGACGAGGACGCCUUCCCACUGUCCUUUGAUUAUAACCCUGGUGGCCGCCCCAGCCUGUUAGGCCCUGAUGCCAGCUACCAGCCCAGUCCUCUGGCCGCUGCCACUGAGGCCGGUAGCAAGUACUCGCUGGUCUCUCCGGGUCGGGGGCAGGGCCGAGGUGGAGGGGGCGGUGGCACCCUGGAGUACGUCCCCAAGGCUGUGAGCCAGCCCCAGCGACACGGCCGCCCCGUGCCCAGCAGCAAGUACGUGCUGGACGACUCCAAGCCGUCCACGGACCUGGAGUAUGACCCACUGUCCAACUUCUCCGCCCGGCUGCUCAGCAGGGCCAGCUCCAAGGACGACAGGGCCCCCAAAAGGCCCAGGGGCUCCCGCGGCAGCGAGCCCUACACGCCUGCCCUCAAGAAGCCCUGCGACCCCUUUGCCGGCUGUGAUGCCAGGUUUUCAGACUCGGACGACGACGACGCCGCAACUCCGGCCGCUGUGCCUGUCACCACCAGCCCCUCGAGAGCUCAGGCGGGCCCUGAGAGCAAGGCCCCUGGGCUGUCAGGCUCCAGGGAGGGCCAGGACGCCGAGGAGGGCGGCCCGCGGGAGACCAAGGAGAUGGCGGUGCAGUAUGACGUGGAGGACCUCGGGCAGCCCCCCAAGGACCCUGGGGGGACGCCUGUGGCCAAGCCCAGCUCUCCGGCCAGGGCCUCCCAGGAGCCCAGUGGCUCCAAGCAGGGAAGACCCAAGAAGAAGAAGAGUGGGGCAGCGCCCGACCCCGGCCACAAGGACGGCGUCCAGAAGAAGGACAGGGGCAGAGACGGAGAGCGCGGGAGGCCGGCCGGGAAGCCCUGUGCAGACCGGAAGGGCCCACAGGCUGGCGGCCCCCGGCAUAGGACCGAGCCGCCCGAAGGGACCAAGAAAAAGCCAUCUUCAGCCACCCCGGUGGCCAGCUCAGGGAAAAGCCGGCCUGACCGUGGGGGUGUCCCCCAGCUGCCAAACAGGACUGGCGGGAAGACCGUGUCAGGCAAGCUGGCCGAGCGGAAGGCCCGCUCCCUGGACGAGGGGGCCCCCCGGGACGCCCCGAAGCUGCAGAAGCGGGCCCUGAGCCACGCAGACCUCUUCGGGGACGAGAGCGAGGAUGAGGGCCCUGGACCCGCGGCGCCCCCCGCCGCCCCGCCCCACCUCAGCUCCACCUCCGACUCGGACUCGGACUCGGACUCGGACUCCGACAGCAGCCUGGGCGGCUCGGCCGCUGGGGGCCCGCGCAAGCGCCUCAAGGCCCCCCCACCCACCAGGCCUGCCCCCGCCUCUCCCUCCUCGUGCUCCUCCUCGUCCUCGUCCUCCUCUGGGCCGGGCGGGGGUGUGGACUACUCCGCCCUGGAGAAGGAGGUCGACUUUGACUCGGACCCCAUGGAGGAGUGUCUGCGCAUCUUCAACGAGUCCACCAGCGUCAAGACGGAGGACAGGGGCCGGCUGGCCCGGCAGACUCCCACGGAAGAGAAGAUCGAAGACAAGGGGCAUUCGGGGCUGACCACUCUGUUCCCUGGGCAGAAGAGGAGAAUUUCUCAUCUCUCCAAGCAGGGCAAGGAGGCGGAGCCCGUGAGGAGAGGCCCAGCUCCCCCUGCCCGGCCUCCCACCGCCCAGGAGGUAUGCUAUCGGCGGGCCCAGCAGGCCCAGAGGGACUCCGCCAACUGGCUCCAGGCUACCCAGCAGCCAGCGGAGAAGCCCUCCUCCAUCCACAUCUCAGCCCCUGGCGAGAAGAGGAGGAUAGCGCAUGUCCCCAACCCCCGCCUGGCUGCCGCCCCCACAGGUGCCAAGAGGGCCCUCGCUGCCAGCAGCAGCCAGCCUCCCAAUGGCCCCGAGCCGGGCAGCCAGCCCCUGAAGGCGCGCACGUUGUCAGGCAUGGCAUCCAAGACCACCACCACCAUCACCCCCAAGCGCGUCGCCCACAGCCCAUCUUUACAGAGUUUAAAGAAGCCCAUUAUCCCGAAAGAGUUUGGGGGCAAAGUCCCCACGGUCAUCCGCCAACGGUAUCUCAACCUGUUCAUUGAAGAGUGCCUCAAGUUCUGCUCCUCGAACCAGGAAGCCAUAGAGAAGGCGCUGAGCGAGGAGAAGGCGGCCUACGACCGCAGCCCCAGCAAGACCAUCUACCUGAACGUGGCCGUGAAUGCGCUGAAGAAGCUGCGGGGCCUGGGCCCCAGCUCCGCGCCCCGGCUCACCAAAACCAUCGGCCGGAGGCUUGUGUCCCAUGAGAUGGUGCUGGGGGGCAAGUUGGCCACCAAGACCAGCUUCUCGCUCAGCCGCCCGAGCAGCCCCCGAGUGGAGGACCUGAAAGGGGCCGCCCUGUAUGGCCGCCUCAAGGAGUAUCUGCUCACCGAGGACCAGCUCAAAGAGAACGGCUACCCCUUCCCUCACCCCGAGCGGCCUGGGGGGGCUGUCAUCUUCACGGCCGAGGAGAAGAAGCCCAAGGACUCGUCCUGCCGGAUCUGCUGCCGGUGCGGCACCGAGUACCUUGUGUCUGCGUCUGGCCGCUGUGUGCGCGAGGAGGAGUGCUACUACCACUGGGGGCGGCUCCGCCGGAACCGGGUGGCCGGCGGCUGGGAGACCCAGUACACGUGCUGCUCAGCCGCCAUUGGCUCCACUGGCUGUCAGGUUGCCAAGCAACACGUGCAGGACGGCCGGAAGGAGAACCUCGAAGGCUUUGUCAAGACUUUCGAUAAAGAACUUUCGGAAGACGCUCACCCCGGGAUCUUCGCCCUCGACUGUGAAAUGUCCUACACCACGUACGGCCUGGAGCUGACGCGCGUCACGGUAGUGGACACGGACAUGCACGUGGUGUACGACACCUUUGUCAAGCCGGACAACGAGAUCGUGGACUACAACACCAGGUUUUCAGGGGUGACCGAGGCUGACCUUGCCGACACGAGCAUCUCGCUCCGGGACGUCCAGGCCGUCCUGCUGAGCAUGUUCAGUGCCGACACCGUCCUCAUCGGACACAGCCUGGAGAGCGACCUGCUGGCCCUGAAGGUACUGCUCGCCCCAGGCCACGCUCGCCAAGGGUCUGAGAGGAUGGCUGGGGCUGUCCUGGGCCCCGGGCGCUCAGCACGGUGGGGGGUGGCGGCUGGGUGGUCCCGUGGGGCCCCUUCCUGCUCGGGCCCCCGUGGUGUGUGCCCGGCCGCCUGCCCACAGGUCAUCCACAGCACUGUGGUGGACACAUCCGUGCUCUUCCCGCACCGCCUGGGCCUCCCGUACAAGCGCUCCCUGCGGAACCUCAUGGCCGACUACCUCAGACAGAUCAUCCAGGACAACGUGGACGGGCACAGCUCCAGCGAGGACGCCAGCGCCUGCAUGCACCUGGUCAUCUGGAAGACCCGAGAAGACGCCAAGACCAAGCGGUGACCGCUGCCACCCGCCCGCCUUCCCCGCGGCCCCGGCCCGGCCUCUGCCCCAGCCUCUUCCAAAACAGUGCAAUAAAUCUCGAGAGCUAACCCUGUCCACGUCGCCAAGACAUGGAAACAGAGAGAGCGGGAUGAGCUGGUGGCACGAGAGCCCCGCACGGAGACCACCUGGAGCCCUGUCCCCCACCCAGCCCCCUGCGCCGCCCCUGCCUUCUGUCCUCUGGAGACUGCUGCUGACUCCCGGAGGAGGCCGGACAGACGUUCCCCGCUCCCCCCGGCCCCCGGCCCGCUGCGUCCCUGGCAGCCAGGCCUCCUGGCUCUCCGGCCGGGCAGGCUUUUCGUGGGUGUGUUCAAGACAGGGGUUUUUUUUAUUUUGUAUUGUUAUUUUUAUUAUUUGUAAUUUAAACCUGGCGACUUGCACAGUUGUCUUUUCCCCACUCGGAGAAGCAAGACCCUGGUGCUGCCUUCCCUGUUGGGGGAGGGGGGAGAAGUUGGGGGGCCGGGGACCGAGAAGCUGGCACUUGGGCAGCCACCAGGACCAAGAGUCCAGCCUGGCCUGGGCCAGACGGGUGGGAACUGGACUCCGUGACCUCUGGGAACCAAGCCAGCCACCCCCCCCCCCGCCACUCCCCCCCAGGGCCUCACCUUCCGGACCCCUUCAGGGCGCCUCAGCCUCUGGACCCUGUCUUCCGGCCGGAGCCCCACCCUCCCCAGGGGCUGUCUGUAAAGGCCUGCAGCCUCCCCAGGGCCCUGAGUCCUUCCCCAACCCGAGGCAGGGACAGAAUAAAUGUUUAUAUGGAUUUUA